CCUUAAGUUUACCAUGUAAAUAUAUUUGAUGCUAACAAACAAACAAACAGAAAAUAAAUGGGAUUUUUACUUGGUGAACCCAAAUAUUGUGCUCUAUUCUUAAGAUAUUUAACCUCAGUUUAUUUCUGGUGAUGUACUAUGGUGAAGUAGCUGGAUAUGAUUACUUAUCUCACUGUACACUGGUCAGAACAUGGCAGACUGACAGCUGCUCUCUCUUGCCAGUGUGGCCUUGCAGUCCACAGGAAGUGCCUGGAAGUGUGCCAGAUGGAGUGUGAACACAGGAGAGGCUUCAUCUUUGGGAUGGAGCUCUCCCUGCUUCCCAGAGAGAUCCAAGACUCCGUGCCCUUCGUUGUCCUGCGCUGCACCGAAGAGAUUGAGAGCAGGGCUCUUGGAGUCCAGGGAGUUUACAGAAUCAGUGGAGCCAAACCUCGUGUUCUGAAGUUAUGUCAGGCUUUGAAAUCCAGAAAGACCAAAGUUGACCUGGGUGACCUCUCACCGCAUGACAUCACCUCCGUACUCAAGCAUUUCUUCAAAGAGCUUCCAGAGCCUUUACUCACCUUUGACCUUUACCAUGACUUCAUCAAUGUGGGUAAGGAGAUUCAGAGGCUCAGUGAAAAGGAACAUGUUGCCGAGACUGCUGGGAUUGUGGAGAGUAUUUUGGUCAAACUCAGAGAGCUCAUCGGACGACUGCCUUUGUGCAACUACAACACAGUUCAGCACAUGAUAGCCCACCUGAACAGGGUUGCAGAACAUUUUGAAGACAACAAGAUGUCUCCAGGAAACCUGGGCAUUGUGUUUGGCCCCACUCUCCUGCGGCCCCUAGUUUCCGGAGACGUGUCGAUGAUCGCUCUUCUGGAAACCAGCUAUCAGGCUCUUCUCGUGGAGUUCAUGAUCUCACACUAUGACCACGUAUUUGGUCCCGCAACGAGAUCCAGCACGCCUCUGCCUCCGCCUCCCACGGCACCCCUCCCGGACACCCCUCCCAGAGCCUCCUGUUCCUCUCAGGAUGCUGGAGCCUCAGCCAAGGAACGUCCACGCUCACUGGAGAAUCGCACUAUCAAGAGAGAUUCAAGUGAGGGUUAUAUUUCUGACAAGUCAUCAUCCAAUGAAGCAAUGGACCAGCUGAGCCCAGAAGCCAAUGAGAGAGCAGUCCUGGCUAUGAGGGUGACAGCAUCUCCUCAGGUGUAUUUGGAGCAGGCUGCAGAAAGUCAAUUACAAACUCAGUCGAGGGCUCACUUCAGCAGGCAGCCAGUGAAGUACCCCAGACAGGGUUCGGCAGGAGCGCAAAUGCGCACAGCAAGCUCUCAGUCACAAGAUGAGGAUAAUUCUGGGAGCAGGGAAGAAGUCGUUUCAAGAAGCACAGACAGCAGUCGCAGCUCCUCUCCUGAGCACCAGACUCCGAUGAAAACUCACUGCCGACUACAUGAGACCCCCAUCCCACAGAAUAAGACUGCAUACACCCCUGAGACUCAGACUGCACCUCAUGCAGGGGUAAAAAGAACUGAAUCGGAUGAGGGGGUUAAAGCAGUAGCUUCUGCAUUCAAAGAACAUGUGGGAGAAUUGGGAAAACUAAAUACCAACCAAUCCAACAACACCCUGGGGGGGAGAGAGCGCCUGAUCCGACUGAAGCUAAAGCGCAGUGAUUCAGGGAAGGGCGAGCAGCUCCAUUUUGUUUGACUGUAAUUGAAGCAGAACUGAAAUGUUUACUUAAUUUCUGGAGUUCCUUAAAUUCACUGGAAUGCAUCCCAUGUCGGGCUGUAAUAUAUUUUUAGCAUGAACUGCACAUUUUUCCUGCUUUCCUGCACAUGACAUAAAUCGCAGUACAGAUGGUAGUUUCCAUUCUCGCUGGAAAUUUGGCACAGA